UGGAAGAGAACAGCCCGUGAAUGGUGGACGCUACUGUGGGUGCGGGUAACUUCUGACAACCUGAAAGAUUAUUUUCUGCUAGGCGUUUUUUUUUUUUGUUCAACAGCCAAGCGCCGGCUUGAGGGAGAUGCGGUGAUAUCAUGAUAUCCGCCCAGAAAGAGAGAAAUAGAGACACAGAGGAAGAGAGAGAGACGGAGGGAGGGAGGAAGGGAGGGAGGAGAGACGGGGAGUCGGCUACCACCAGGCCAGCUGAGGAUGCUUGUUGUUUCUAGAAACAGGAUUCAUCACCGGGCCGAGCGCUGAUCCUCCUCCUCCGGCACAUCGAGCACUCCCCUACCCGCUGCAGUCGUCCUGACCGCGGGGCGCAGUUCGCCUGUCUGGCCCUGUCUAGCCGACGCUGUUUGCCUUCUUUUUUAUGCUCUCCCCCCUCUUCCUCUAUUUCCUGAUGCAGGGCCGGGGAGGGGUGAGCCAAAGUGUGCACCGGAUAUUGGAAAACCCAUUCUUCUUGCUGAUGCUGUUGUGAUAAUAGAUCAUUAUCUGGACAACGCCGCAUCUUGCACAGAAAGCCACAUCCUGACCGAAACGAGGCCCCGACUGGCUUGAGAAGAAGAAAAAGGGGCAAUGUAGCCUAUGAGCUUGGAAGAAUAUGGAAACAUUUUUGGACGGUAGUAGCAGCAGCAGCAGUGAGGAGGGGGUUCCUGAUAUCGAUCAGAGAAUGGAUUCAAUCAGGCCAUUCUGACUUAGGAUAUUUGAGACUGUACCCUUACAGGAAUCAAUCUGUGGCAAAUGUAGCCCUCAGGUCUGAAUGAGAUCUUUAUUUUCCUGCUCCACUUUUGUCCAGCUGCAUAAGCUACCUAUGAUCAAUCAGCUUUAAAGUACUGUUAUUUAUAGAAAGGGUGGUGGAUUUGACGGGACUACAUCACCCAUCACUUGCACCGGUCAAACCUCAAACGUCCUCUUCGUUUGGAUCUUUUCUACCUUGCCUCUGAAUAAUGCUGCUUUCUGUGCUGUAGUGAAAGAGACACAAACUGAGACUGGGACACAUGCUGCUUUAUCCUAGGCCUUGUAGAGUGUAAAACUGGGCCGGUUCUCACUCCCAGCACGGACCUGGCCGCAUGACAAACAAGUGCAUGGGAGUAGCCUGCAGGGCCCGGCUUUAGAUCACGGACAGUCCUACGCGCCUCUCCUCUCCGCCGCCGUGUAGCCACCCGGGAUAUGCGCGUUACGGCAUUACGCACGGAGCAGCAGCGACCGCUAUCUUGAUCUGCCUCAUAAAUAUCAGGAAUAGGAUUUCACCUUUGAGAAAGGAUGAGCAGCAAGGAGCUGACGGUGGGCCAGUCCAGCCAGUAUGUGGGGCCUUACCGGCUGGAAAAGACUCUCGGGAAAGGACAGACAGGACUGGUGAAGUUGGGUGUCCACUGUAUAACGGGACAGAAGGUGGCCAUAAAGAUUGUCAACCGAGAGAAACUCUCUGAAUCAGUUCUAAUGAAGGUGGAGAGAGAAAUAGCUAUUCUUAAACUAAUAGAGCACCCUCACGUUCUGAAGCUGCAUGAUGUCUAUGAGAAUAACAAAUACCUGUACCUGGUUUUGGAGCAUGUGUCUGGCGGAGAGUUAUUUGAUUACCUGGUGAAGAAGGGCAGAUUGACCCCCAAAGAAGCUAGGAAGUUCUUCAGACAAAUCAUCUCCGCCCUUGACUUCUGCCACAGUCACUCCAUAUGUCACAGAGAUCUGAAGCCAGAGAAUCUUCUCCUGGAUGAGAAGAAUAACAUCAGGAUAGCAGACUUUGGCAUGGCGUCGCUUCAAGUUGGGGACAGCCUGCUGGAAACCAGUUGUGGAUCCCCACAUUAUGCUUGCCCAGAGGUCAUAAGGGGGGAGAAGUACGAUGGUCGCAGAGCAGAUGUUUGGAGUUGUGGCGUCAUCCUCUUUGCUCUUCUUGUGGGUGCCUUGCCCUUUGACCAUGAUAACCUGCGGCAGCUUCUAGAGAAAGUGAAGAGCGGGGUAUUCCACAUGCCUCACUUUAUACCUCCUGACUGUCAAGCUUUACUUAAAGGAAUGAUAGAAGUCAACCCCGACAAGAGACUCACGCUAGAAGCAAUACAGAAACACCCCUGGUACCAGGGUGGUCGUAAUGAGCCUUGCCCAGAGCAGCCGCCCCCUCGCCGGGUGUGUGUGAAGAGGAUCCUGUCCUUAACAGACCUGGACCCUGAUGUCCUUGAGAGCAUGUACUCCUUAGGGUGCUUCAGAGACCGGGUCAAACUCACACAUGACCUUACAAGUGAGGAGGAGAACCAGGAGAAGAUGAUCUACUACCUCCUAUUUGACAGGAAGGAGCGAUACCCCAGCUGUGAAGAUGAGGAUCUGCCUCCCAGAAAUGACCUAGACCUCCAAGACCCACCCAGGAAGCGUGUGGACUCCCCCAUGCUGACGCGUCAUGGCCGCUGUCGUCCAGAGAGGAAGAGCCUGGAGGUCCUCAGUGUCACAGAGCAGGGGUCUCCCACCCCACCUCGCAGGGCCCUGGACACUAAUGCACACAGCCAGAGGUCUCGUUCAGUCAGUGGAGCGUCCACAGGCCUGUCCUCCAGUCCUCUCAGCAGUCCCAGGAGCCCGGUUUUCACUUUCAGCCAAUCAGAAGUCACCUCCGCUCCUUCCUCCAAAGACCCCAAACCAGGAAGUGCCAUCACCUCUCGGUCUACUCGCCUUGCGCCGGACCCAAAAACACAGACCCUGCCCUCAAAGGGUCCCGCUGACCGGCCCCAACUCCACUCCAUGAAGUCCCUCCCUCUGCAGACUCCACGCUCCCCAUCCCCAUCCCCCUCUCCACUCCUCUCCCCCAUCCCACGCUUCUUCAACUUUCCCUCUCCAUCUGUCUUCAAGUCCAAGAACAUCCACUCGUCCUCUAACUCCUCUGCCACCCCUCCUCCUGUGUCGCAGGUCACGCCGCAGGGCUCGCCACUGCCCACCCCGCUGGGCACGCCUGUGCACCAAAUCCAACAUCCUUCCUCAACCACCCCUCCCUCCUCUUCCUCCUCGUCUUCUUCUUCCAGAGCGGACGGAGCUGGCGGGGCCUCGCUGUCGCUGACACCGCCCUCCAGCCCGGGCGGCAGUGGUGGUCUGGCCGGUUCAAGCUCCGCCCACUGGAGAACAAGACUCAACUCAUUCAAAAACAACCUUCUGGGCUCGCCACGCUUCCAUCGACGCAAACUACAAGUCCCCACAUCAGAAGACAUGUCCAGUUUGACUCCAGAGUCCAGUCCAGAACUGGCUAAGAAGUCCUGGUUUGGCAACUUCAUCAGCCUGGAGAAGGAGGAGCAGAUCUUUGUUAUGAUUCGAGACAAGCCACUCAGCUCCAUCAAGGCUGACAUCGUCCAUGCUUUUCUCUCUAUCCCAUCCCUGAGCCACAGUGUGGUGUCUCAGAACAGUUUCCGGGCAGAGUACAAGUCCUCUGGUGGCCCUUCGGUCUUCCAGAAGCCCGUCAAAUUCCAAGUGGACAUUGCUUUCUCCGAGGGAGAGAGGGAGCGAGAGAGGGAACGAGCUGAGGGGGAAGGGAAACAAGGGAUGGGCAUCUACAGUGUCACCUUCACUCCAAUAACAGGUCCCAGUCGCAGAUUCAAGAGAGUGGUGGAAACAAUCCAGGCUCAGCUCCUGAGUACUCAUGAUCAGCCCUCUGUGCAGGCACUGGCUGGCCCCCCAGAUGAGAAAAACGGUCAGCUUUCCCGACAGCCCAGCACGGCUUCGCGUCAGAACUCCAGGCGUUCCGAAAGCGGAUCGGAGCGGGGAGAGCAGGAACGUGCAGCAGACGGAGAGAGCGGAACCGGCAGCAGCAGCGGGACUACGUUACAAAGGCAGGGCUCGGGGAAAGAAAAGACCAGACUCCUCUCAUCGUCCAACGGGACACAGUCUCAUCCCUGAAGAGAAUGUUGCGGAAGAGAGGCGAUGGUCAUCGGCCUGGCCUUUUUCUCUUCCUUCCCUCAAUCUUAUCCAUGUUAAUUCCUUCACUGUUUCAUUUCUUCCUGCCUUGCAUUCUACCAUUAUUCCAAAGCAAUGGGAUGGAAGGGGAGGGGGAAGUUUUUUCCCCAAAGCUGAUUUCGGGAAGGAGAAUUGCUAACAAAUGGCUGAUUUUAGCAGAAAUGUAUGCUUGUGGAGGUGGCGGAGGCAGAGUGAGCUGAUCUCUAUUCAGCCUUCAUAGGCAGAUUCACCCCCGGGUGGAGCCUGAAGUCAAUCUGUCUCAAAAGGUCUCCACCUUACCAGAGAAUUAAAGAAAAAUCUCACAGCCAGGGAUACACGUAGUUCACCCCGUUUCGACGAAUCAAGAAAGCACAUAACCUUCCCACCGACCUGUCACAUGAAGCACAUUGUUCAAAUCCAACAGGAAACCUCCAUCAGUCGGUCAAAAUGGCCCAGGAAGAUACUGGCCAAUGACAGAGUCCCAUAAGACAUUCUCUUUUAUCAUUUCUUGAACAGCAAUCUGUCACUGGGAACAUCACGUCUCCUCAACACAAAACCUGACCCAAACAGGAAAACCUCACCUCUCUCUUCUCCUGACUUUCUAAUUCAAGGCAAAUAGUGUCUUGUGUCUUCUUAAGCAAUGCAACAAAAUGAGGAUUUGUCAUUUGAGAAAUAAUUACAGGAAGAGUCUUGAUUUGGACUUGAUUGUUAAAGUGGAUUUUAUCUAUAGAUAAUUAGCAAACAAUCAAGGAAUCUGACAGCAGAGAAAGAAAUGAUGGAGAAUGGAUCUGAGGUGGUCUACGUUCUGUAGCCCCACAACGAGGGAAAUAUUAAAACGAGACAGACAGGACAACUUCUCCUCAAGUGUUUGAGAGCAUAAAUUCCCACAAUUAUUUCUGAAUUACACUGAAGCUAUGACACCACAUUGCCUUUAAUGGAGGAGAAAAAGUUGAUAGCUAGGUAGAUUUAGCCCCAUUUGGAGGACACUAGUCACACCACGGGUAGAAUGUCUCAAGUGAAAUCUCCCGCCAGAGGAGAAGAGAUGAUUAGAUAGAUAGGACUAAAAGAGGAUAGCUAGCAGGAUGUAUUGAUUGGGUAGCAAAGGAAGGACAAGAGAAAAAACUAGCAGCAAAAAUGUAGAGCUAACUUAGAGAUAGGCAGUGAUAGCCUGUUCUGUUAGGUGAGGAUCAUUUUCCAAGUCUCUUUCAAUAUAAAAUUCAUAUGCCAUAUGUACAUUGAAAGAGUUAUAGUUUGCUAUAUAUUGUCCUGCACAUGCUGGCUGUGAAAGAAUCCCUUCGAGUGUGAUACUACUGUAAAAGAUAGAGAACAAAGUCCACAGGCGAGCUAAUAUGCGGUGUCAGCAGUCUGAGCUAGCCUAACAUUUGGUAUACCAUGCAUGAUUUUUAAUGUACUUUUAGCUCAAUGCUAUAUAUAGCUAUCAAGUGCAUAGUUUCUGUCUCCCCCUUAAGAGGAAUUUCUAAGUAAUGACAAGAAAAGUGUCACGCACCACCCCCACCCCUCCUCUAAAACGUUGUGUAGCCAAGGAGGACACAGAGGAUUAAAGAAACAUGAUGGACUCUUUAGAAGAGGUAAUUAUCUUACUUUGAGCUUCUGCGAGUCGCUGGACUACAAUAUUUUGUACACAUAGCCAUACUGAGAAAUAGAGAGAGAAUUGUGAGGCUGAUAGUCUUAAUUAUCUUUGUAUCAACUAAUUUGACAAUGGCUUAAAUGCAAACUCAAACGUUUCCUCAAUCCAUAUAUCGCCACGGCUUGCUGGUCUGGUGUGCAGGAUUUGGUUAACAUUGGGUUGGACGGAUCGGUCGGUGGUACUCACCUUGCAUCUUACUUUGGAUUAUCUUUUACUAUUUCAAAGUGCAAACACACUUUAGGUUAUCUUUUUCCAGACAAUUUUUGUUAAAGGUUUAAAUCCCUGCCACCAAGCUCCUCCAUUGGUCCUGGAUCAUGGAAACCUAUACCUGGCAUAAUUCAAGCCCUUCAAAGAUUUAUUAAAAGCUUUCUUUUCACAAGUUUAUUUAAUGUAUUAUACACCAUGUUGAUAUUUAUGUCAUAAUAGGCUGCAUAUUAACCACCAUAUAGCCGAAAUGGCAUGAUCCUUGUUUCAUAAAGCCUCUUCGAAGAUUCGACUUGGAGAUUAUCAUUUGAAAAAGGCUCCUUUGAUCGAGGCAUAGAAUACUUAGACUAUUCUGGAUCACCCCUAAAUAAAAUAGCUGUGCACUAAAGCUUUGAGACACCUUUAAAGGUCCCCAUUUUAAAAAGGGUCAGUCUCCGUUUUUUGUGAACUCAUGGAGCUACCGCUAGCCUAAUUAGCUUGCUAGUUUACCAAUGAUAAAAUCUGCCAGUCACAGUUGUAAUUUCAGAUGGCAAAAUUGACAGAUGCUAGUUAGUAAAUAAUCUACCUCUCACCAAUAUCAUGGACCCAUUGGGUCAAGAAUGAUUCAGUAUUUCAGGUGGUAAGUCUGCCACCAUUACCAUUGUAAACUGCAUAUGUGUCGUGAGCAUUUUUGUACUGUUUUUUUUGUCUCCUAUCUCUCAUGUUGGAGUAACUUUAGGAAAGGACCACUUCACGGCCAGUAUGGAGAGGAGGAACUAUUACAGUGACCAAUAACUUUUUCAAUGUACCUACAUAUUGGCCUGGGAAUAUAGAUUUCAAGUCCAUGGAAUGACAGUUAUUGAAGAUGAUGGAAAAGUGAAGUUAGAAUAGGCUGACAGCCGGCCCACAAUUAGGCAACCGAAACACUUCCUAUGUUCCUUUUUGUUUAACAAUAGAUGCAUGAGGAUGCAGGGCGACACCAACACUCCAGCAUAAGCCUCAACCCUUUGCUGCUUCUCUGAAAGUAAAGAUGGGGGGAGGACAGGUGGAAAUGAACAAAUUAUGUACUUUUCACAAAAAGGGAAAAAAAGAGAAAAGAAAAAAAACUCUGGUGUGUAUGUUGUCAUAAAAAACACUGUACACAUACUGCCUGGAUGGGGGAGGGGGGUCGGGGGAAUGAAGCCACACAUGAAGAAUGAAAUUUAGCUAUUAGAUUUUUUUUACUUUCCAUACCUUUUUUUCUACUCUGCUCUUGUCUUUGUGUGUGUGUGUGUGUGUGUGUUUGUGUGUGUGUGUGUGUGUGUGGGUGGAUGUGGGUGUGUGUGUGUGUGUGGGUGUGUGUGUUUCUGUUUUCGUGUUUGCCACCAGCAAAAUAGAGGGCGGAGCCAACCAUGUGAAUGUCAAAAAGUCUGGAAAUUAUUGCAAGAGUGUAAACAUAUUUUGGUUUCCACAUAUUUAUUGAAAAUGUAUUUAUUUAUUUAUUUAUUUAUUUAUUUGCCAUGUAUUUGUUAAAAGGAGGAGAUGGGUUGAGACAGGCAAAUGUCACUUUUAAAGAUGUCUGACACCGCAGAGCUUACCAGCUUUCCCUGAGAAAACCUGACAAAAACACAGCUCCUUCUUUAACAAAGAAAAAAACUUGUGUGCAGCAAAAUUAUGUUUGUGUAAUUUUUUUUAACAACUGUUUGGUUUUUGUUUUGUUCAUUUAGCACUGUUGUCUACCGUAGCUGAAAUUCCACACACGUAGUGAGAGAUAAGCUUGAUGUCGAGGACUUUUUGCUUUCAAACAAAAGACCCUAACCACCUGGUAUUUUUCAGUGCUGAGUUUAUUAACAUCUUCAGGCUUGCUUAGUCACACCCAAGGCAAAAGAGAGCAGGAAUUUGUAAGUAGAUUGUCCGUGUCUGCAUGUACGUAGGAAACAUGACUCUGGUGAUCCCCUUGACAUUAAGCACAAUCAUCCGGUCAAUGUUCAAAUGUGUCCCAAUACUUUGGUUUAUAUUUUAAAAUACCUGCAAAAUACUGACAUUCCCAUCAGCCUUCGCUGUACUUUGUGUUCAGAGCUAACUAGCAAACAAUAGCAUGCUUACAAGUUAAACUACAAAGGUAAACAUGGCUAACAUGAUACCUGCCAAACCAGUUAGCAUUUAGCUCAAAGCACCACUGUGGCUAAGUAUUGCCUCACAGAGCUGCCAGCAUGGCUGUAGACUGGAAUGCUAGAUAAUUUAUUAACGGUAAGUGCAAAACACAAAUACAUUCAUUCCCUGUGAAACACUGCGUUUAUUCAUGCCCACCAAUGCACAUAUUACACCUUCCCACUUGACUUUCAAAAGGGUGCACUGAAGCUGCUGAACAAGAAUGGAAACAAACUACAUUAUUUUGCAGUUUUAACGGCCAGGUCUGAAGUCUCUCGGAAAUUCCUGGAAAACUGGAAAGUGGUUAGCAAUUGCACUUCAACAUCCAAGAAUCUGUCUACGCACAUCACACAAACAUUAACAUCCAAAUGCAAACUAAACUUUUUCCAUAUAUACUAUGUGAGAAGUGUAUCGUAGCCACAGUUGAGGUUUUGGAAUACUCUAGAAAGCUCUGAGAAAACGUUUGGCUUGGUGGACAUAAUCAAGGAAGAUUUUCCUUAGAUUUUUCUGAGAAGUCUAAGGUCAGGGAUGUGUAGGGGCCCUGCCUCGUUUAAUUCAGUUGAUUCAAACUAGAGUUUGUUUGCCCUGGGGGUGCGGUUCAGCCUCGCUAAAGAAUUUCACAAAAUCACCAACUGAUUUGGACCAAAGCAAACAAACUAUAGGUGUUAAAACGCCCUAAAGGUUACAAACAUACUUGAAAGAGAGUGUUAUGCCAUGGUCUUUUUUUUCCGAUUCAACUUUACGUUACAUCCACUUUAGUAAGAAAGAAGCUAGUUAAAGGAUAUGAAUGAAAAGAGGAAAGAAAUAAGGCAAAAAUGCUCCAGAUUUUGCUCUACUUUGAGCAAAGUUUGCAUCAAACUCCAUUCAAAGACACAAAGGCACCCUUGGCACAUUUGUGGUUGAGAGACUCCCCUGCUCUCAAAACUCUCCUAUCAAAAGAAAUCUCACCACUCCCUCCCUAAUUUCUCCUUAUCACCCCCAUCCUCCCAUUCACUUUACAUUUUGUACCCCCCAUCCCCAUUCAUUCUCUUUGUAUCUCUUAAAUACUUCUCCACAGCCAUUCUUAUCCCAACUGCACAUAUCCCCCCUCCCCCCUUAUAUAAUCGUCCUCUCAUCCCCUCCCCUUGUAUACAUUUUAUACACCGUAUACUUCGACGCAUACGCUGUAUACGUUCGUAUACACUGUGUGCUUGUCUCCGUCUCCAUUGUAUGCCAUCCAUAUCUAUGUAGCGUUAACUAUCUUUUAUCGACACUGUAGUCACAAUACCACUCUUCCUCUCAUCAUUAUUGCUCAUUCUUCUUCCGCAGUAAGAAUUGUACGACUGUGAUCUCUUGUGUCCUGCCCGUGUUCCCCUUCACACCUGACCCUUCCACACCCAAACCACAUGACCCUACCCCCCAUACACCCACCCAACCACCCAUCUUGUAAACCUCCAAUCCACACAGUAGAAGGAGGAAUUUGUGAAAAAAGGGAGGUGUGUAGGGGAGGGUGGGUCGAGAAAACAGCUAAUUAUUGAUGACGAGGACGAUGACAACAACAAUGAAGAAAAAUGUCUGUAGUAUAAUUACAAAAAAGGAAAAGUGCACUAUUAUGACAAUGAUUAUUAUUGCCUGUGAGAAAUACUGCCCAAUAAACAACAAUGGAAAUAUAUAU